AUAUAUAAUAAGGACUCCUAAAAUGUAUGUCAACCUUCAUUGACAAAUUAAAUCUACAACCCCAGCAUUAACAGAUCUAAUCUCAAGUUCUUCUUCGAUCAAUCAAAAUGUCCAAGCUAAGAUUAGCAGGCAAGGUUGCUUUGAUCACCGGAGCAGCGAGUGGGAUAGGCGAGGAAACAGCGAAACUAUUCGCAGAAAACGGGGCGUUUGUUGUGGUUGCAGAUAUCCAAGAUGAAUUAGGCCAACAAGUGGUAGAAUCCAUAGGCUUAGACAAAGCUAGUUACCAUCACUGUGAUGUAAGAAACGAGAAGCAAGUUGAAGAUACAGUUAACUACACCUUACAAAAACAUGGCACACUCGACAUCCUAUUCAGUAACGCAGGUGUUAUUGGACCAAUAUCCACAAUCCUUGACAUGGAUUUGGCUGACUUAGACAACACCCUGACCAUCAAUGUCAGAGGGGUGGCAGCCACCAUCAAGCACGUGGGUCGGGCUAUGGUAAACCGAAAGAUCCACGGGUCAAUUAUCUGCACAGCUAGUGUAUCAGCCUGCCUUGGCGGUGUGGGCCCAAGCGCGUAUACAGCCUCAAAGCAUGCCGUGGUGGGGUUGGUACGGGCAGCAAGCAGUGAGCUCGGUGCACAUGGGAUACGAGUGAAUUGUAUAUCUCCUUUUGGGGUAGCAACUCCAUUGCCUUGUAAUGCAUAUAAUUUGGAGGCAAGUCAAUUGGAAGAAAGCUGCACAACAAUGGCUAACUUAAAGGGGAUUGUGUUGAAGGCAAGACAUAUUGCUGAGACAGCUCUAUUCUUUGCUUCUGAUGAAUCCGCCUAUAUCAGCGGCCAUAACUUGGUGGUUGAUGGCGGAUUCACCGUAAGUAGUCACACUCCUAUUACUAGUACUACUAAUUGA